GAUAGACUAGGUCUAAUGUUUAUAAACAUUGAAAUGCGGAAAGAUUAGAAAUCUAUAAUCUAGAUCUAGAUUUGUAGGCCCACUUCAAAUAAAUUAUAAAUCUUGUUUUGGCGAGAAUUAGAUACCUACAAUCUAUAUCUCAAUAAGGCAUAAGGUCCUAAGCCCUGUCCUAAGAAUUUGAAAGAUGAGCCGAGUAGAUCACCAGCCUUUACCACAAUCUGAUGAGGGUGCACCAGACUUUGAUCAGCCAGCAGAGCCAGAGCAGGUUUCUGUAUCUUUGAUUGGAUCAGGUCCAACUAGAGGAGACCGUAAGAAUGGAUACUCGACUUAUAACGACCCUGACUUUGAAAACAGCUCUGAAAACCCAUACAAAGACACAACAGAGAGUGACAUCAACCUGCGUCACAUUCCCUUAGGCGACCUAGUGCCAAGGCCUUGGAAAACAUUUGAACAAGUAAUGAUUGCAUCCUAUGUCAGUGUAAUUUUUUUUAUUAUCACUGGUCUUCUUGCUGUCAGGUAUGCCAGAAGAGGGAAGAGACACCAGUCUAAGGGCUUGAUGGGAAUGGCGCAGAAGGAUUUAAAGAUGGCUGUUUGGUGCAUCUAUGCAAGUAUUAUACUUGGUGUCCUUGUAUUCCUAAUCAUUAUUCCUGUUGCAGCUUCUGUUCAGUAAUCUGAGCAUCAUGUAUUUUUGUCCUACAAAAAAGCUACUGCAUUUUAUAUAUCUCAAUAUUUUUAUUGUAACUUGCCACUUGAUCUUUUUGCAACUGAAAGCCAUACAAUAUCAUUAAUGGAAAAACUUGUUAGAAAUUAUUAACAGAAUUUUAAAAUUCUGCUUAAAAUUUUUUAGCUUCACUUGCAAUUUAUUUAAAGAAUUACUGCAGUUCUAGCCAUAUUGAAAAGCUGUUUUAAAUUUUUACAAUACCAAAGUCAUUUUGUGUGAGUUAAUGUACCAUUUUUUAAUAUUUCAUUGUAAAUUGUUUCAUUGCGUAAUGUGAUUAACACCACUAGAAAUAUCUCUGAUGCCUUCAAAAAUGCUAACCAUGGGUCACUUAUAAAGUUGUGGUUGUGCCUUAUAUUGUCCAUGGUAAUGUCCAUCUAAUGUAAUAUUGCUCAAAACCAUCUUUAAGAAAUAUUGGAAUUAAUAUGCUCGGCCUCAACAUUAUUCUUUAGAAAUGGGAAACAACUCAUUUUUUUCUCUGUUUGGGAUGUAAUUUUACAAUGAAAGACUGGAUACUUCUAUAAUUAGAGGAUUUUUAAAGUAAUUCUUAACAAUUGAUGCAAGACUUUUUAAAAAUUGCAUUGAUAUUGUCAUGGUCAAUAAUUAUUCCAAGCUAGAAGGCUUGUCUAACUUUAGUGUUUUGUUUAUGAUUUGUUUUUGGUGAAGGUAUUUUCAGCAAUUUUAAUACAUUUACUAGGCUGUCUCAGGCUUCUAAAUAAUGUAUAUUCUAUAUUGUAUUAAGGACGUCUAUGAUGUUUUUACAAUGUAUAUUGCUACCCUUCCAUUUUGAUUAAAUAAGUAGUAAUUGAUUAAGUAGAAGUAGUACUCAGUUUAUGCAGCAGUUAACAUCCUGCUAGUGCCAUUGUAAACUAAAUAGGC